GCAGACGUCGCAUUGGAAUCUCCCCCACCGAGUUUUCGGCCCCACCGACCGUCGAGAGCCGUAGCGUCGGCACAUCGCCGCGACGCGUCCUCACUGCAGCGUCGUUCCCAUCCGCACGGCUCCUGAAACAUCGCGAAAUCGACGAUUUCGAAAAUAAAAAAAAAAAAUCAAAGUGAACAAACACGACACGAUGAGCCGUCGCGUUCGUUGUUAGGUCGAAGUGCGAUGUCUAUUUACCCGAAAACGCCGGAACAUGGCAUAGGCGAUUCGAUGAAAUCCGACAACAUGAUCUCGUCGGAGUACCUGCAGGCGAUCCUGCAGACCCAUCCCGACGACAGCGACGUCCACAAGAACUCCUUGCUGGAGAUCAAGUCCAACGAGGCCGUCAUCGUAUUCAACUCGUCGGCGAACAUCACCGAACAGGUGUUCAGCCACGAGCUCUUCUACAGGCACUCGAUGGCCAUGACGACCGUCUACUGCGUGGCCUAUCUGCUGGUGUUCGCCUUGGGGCUGGUCGGGAACUUCUUCGUCAUCGCCGUCGUCUUUCGAUCGCCCCGCAUGAGGACCGUCACCAACUUUUUCAUCGUCAAUUUGGCCGUCGCCGAUAUACUGGUAGUCGUCUUUUGCCUGCCGGCUACCCUCAUGUCCAACAUUUUCGUUCCGUGGGUGCUGGGCUGGUGGAUGUGCAAAACAGUACCGUACAUACAGGGUGUCUCCGUAGCCGCUUCGGUCUACAGCUUAGUCGCAGUAUCACUAGAUAGAUUCCUAGCGAUAUGGUGGCCGUUGAAAUGCCAGAUCACCAAGCACCGGGCCAGGAUCAUAAUAAUCUUCAUCUGGUUCGUGGCGUUGACGACGACCAUGCCUUGGGCGAUAUUCUUCGAUUUGGUGGUGAUCUUCAGCGACGCGCCCAACGUGCGACUGUGCAUCGAAGUCUGGCCCGAGGAGAUGAACGGCUCCUUGUAUUUCCUAACGGCCAAUUUGCUGUUCUUCUACAUAUGCCCGAUGAUACUCAUCACCAUGUGCUACGUUCUCAUUUACAUCAAGGUGUGGAAACGCGCCAUCCCCACCGACACCAAGGACGCCCAAAUGGAGAAAAUCCAGGAGAAAUCCAAAGUCAAAGUGGUCAAAAUGCUGAUAGCCGUUGUCAUACUGUUCGUCAUCUCCUGGUUACCCUUGUACGCCAUAUUCGCCAGGAUCAAAUUGGGCGGUGAGAUCGAGCCCUGGGAGGAGGAAAUCCUCCCGAUUGCCACGCCGGUCGCCCAGUGGCUGGGCGCCUCCAAUUCCUGCAUCAAUCCCAUACUGUACGCUUUCUUCAACAAGAAGUACCGCAGGGGUUUCGUCGCCAUCAUCAAAAGCAGGAGGUGUUGCGGGAGGUUGCGUUACUACGAGACGGUGGCGUUGAUGUCUUCGUCAACUAGCAUGAGGAAAUCCUCGCAUUUCUAUAACAAUAAUUCUUCGACGAGGAAGGUGCCCCCGAUUCAGGAUAACGCGGUUUCGUACAUUUACAACAAUACGGGUGUUUGAGCCUGGAAAUGGUCGAGUCCCGUAUAAAAGGUCUUGGUUCAACUCGAGGAAAUUUGCUCAUUUUUUCUCUGGGGGAUUUUUCCGGCGAAAAACGAACGCCCGACCGGGAAACUCGUCGAAUUAAUAAAUGUAUUAAAGUUGUCAACGGUUGCGGAAAGGGAUUUUAGAUUUUAAGUCAACCAAAAAAUAACUAAUAUAAAUCAAUGGCAGAAAUUUUUCGGUAAUUCUAAGAUAUAUCUCAGCUUGUGGCAGAAAGUAUUUCUAAUAGCGGAACACUUUUUUAAUAAGAUUAAAACUAAAAGAAAAAUACCUAUAUCUUUUUAAAAUAUAUGUAUAUUUAAGCAUCACCUGAAGCGUGUCUUAACUCAUUUCGUUCGAUACGUGUGCGAGGAAAUUCUCAUUAAAAACUUUCCUAAUUAAUAAUUAAAUCACCCAUUUUCAAGUACUUCUUUAAAUUUCACUCCAUUUUGAAUAAUCGUGUAUCAAAAGAGAGUUCAAACAUACUCAUAUCAAUUUCUAAUCAUUAAAAUUAAAAUUUACAUAUAGUACAGUCACGACAAUUUGCCCAUCACGUUUCAAUCUUUAAUAAUAAUAAUAUAGCGACGUUGCCACGUUGUAAUUUUUUUCUCCUAUAUUCAAAAAUUUCACAUUAACAUUUACAAGAAUUUAUGGUUUAAUCAUCGUCAUAGACAGAUUAUCGUGAACAUUACUCACAAACUAAUCACCCGUUACUCUAAUCGUAAAUGCGAUUAAAUUAUCUAAGGCUCAGUGUCCACACUUAUCAGUAAAUUAAAUUUAAGUCUCAAUGGUUGUUGAGAGUUGUUUUUAGAGUAAAAUCAGCUGGGCCUUUCUUUUAGAUUAAAAUAAGAUUGAAUGGCUUGCCGGUCGCAAUUCCUCGUACGAAUAUGAUUUACAUACAUGCGCCUGUUCGUUUAGUUUACCUGUUUGGAUGUUAGAUUCUUAGAAGACCCUAGAUGUAAAUUGAGUACCUAUAAGGUUUAAAAUCUAUCAGAAGAAAUUGGAAAUUAUUUUCGACGAAGUAUAUUUGUAAGAAGCGCUUUUUAAUCGUAAGGAAUGGAACGUUCAGAAACUGCCCAUUUAUUUUAGAAUAACAAAUUAAUUAAUAAUUAUCAUAAGUAAACAUGUACUAAUAAUGAAAACAAUAAAAUAAAUCGAAAUUGAAAUUGAAUGAUUGCGUUUUCGUUUAUUCCUAUAUUUCCAAUGGCGUUUGAACGUGUCUAGUCGGCCGCCUG